ACUACAAUAGCAAAGUAUUGUUAAGAAGAAAGAUUAAUGCUUAUAAGUUAAGCUUUUUAAAUCUCCGUUGGAUAUCCAAGCUGGAAAAGGAUUUGCUACUUGUUUUCAAUCAGGGUGUUUUGAAGAGUACCAACUUCCACGAAAAUUACUCUUCAGGAUGACCUGCAAGUACAACAGCUGUUACUUCUUCCUUAUCAAGAUAGGGCUACUUCUAAGCCAGAGCAGCAUAUCAUUCAGCUCUACUCUCUGCCCUUCAUCUUGCCGCUGUGAUGGGAAUUUUGUCUAUUGCAAUGACCGAGACCUCACCUCCAUCCCAACAGGAAUCCCAAAAGAUGCUACGAUUCUCUACCUGCAAAACAAUCGAAUUAAGAAUGCUGGCAUUCCCAUAGAACUACGAAGCCUCAGCCGAGUUGAGAAGAUCUACCUUUACUGCAAUAACCUGGAUGAGUUCCCUACAAACCUGCCUAGGAAUGUCAAGGAGCUGCACUUGCAGGAGAACAACAUUCGAGCUAUCACUUAUGCUUCACUUGCACAGAUCCCAUAUAUUGAGGAACUGCAUCUGGAUGAUAACUCAGUGUCUGCUGUCAGCAUUGAAGAGGGAGCCUUUCGGGACAGUAACAAACUCCGGUUGCUGUUCCUAUCCCGUAACCAUUUGAGCACCAUUCCACUAGGGCUUCCCAUGAGCAUUGAGGAACUGCGGUUUGAUGACAACCGCAUCUCAUCUAUUCCUGAGGAAGCCCUGCAGCAUCUCAUUAACCUGAAGCGGUUAGUUCUUGAUGGGAACCUCUUGAACAACAGGAGAAUUGGUGAGAUGGCCUUUGUGAACCUGAUCAACCUCACUGAGCUCUCACUGGUCCGUAAUUCCUUUACAUCUCCUCCAGCUAAUCUGCCAAGUACCAGCCUGGAGAAGCUGCAGCUGCAGGACAACCACAUCAAUGUUGUACCAGUGGGGGCGUUUGCAUUUCUUCGACAGCUCUACCGUCUGGACCUGUCUGGUAACAACCUGAGCAGUUUGCCGCAGGGUAUAUUUGAUGACUUGGACAACCUCACCCAGCUAUUGCUCCGCAACAACCCAUGGCACUGCAGCUGCAGGAUGAAGUGGGUCCGAGACUGGCUUCGCACACUGCCUUCCAAGGUCAACGUCCGUGGCUUGAUGUGUCAGAGCCCUGACAAAGUCAAAGGGAUGGCUGUCAAGGAUCUUUCCACUGAUCUCUUUGACUGUGAAGAGGCUGACAUCUUUCCAGCGUUUGAGACUAGCACUGUUUUUUACACUUCACCCCCUUCUAGAGGACAGUGGCCUCUUUCUGUCACAAAAAGACCAGUAGUCAAGGGACCUGAUCUCAGCAAACACUAUCACAGCACUACUCCCUCAGGCAGCAAAAUCAUUACCCUCAGUGUUAAAUCCCGUGGUGCAGAGACUGUACAAAUAUCCUGGAAAGUGGCACACCCGAUGACAGCCCUUCGACUCAGCUGGCUGAAGAUGGGACACAGCUCAACAUUUGGGGCGAUCACUGAGACCAUAGUCCAAGGAGAAAGGACAGAAUACUUGCUGACUUCUCUUGAACCUGAUUCCCCUUAUAGGAUAUGCAUGGUUCCCAUGGAUACCAGUAACGUUUACCUGUCUGAUGAAACACCCGUGUGUAUAGAAACAGAAACAGGCUCUCAAAAACCGUACAAACCAACCACUACCCUAAACCAUGAGCAGGAGAAGGAGCCGUAUAAAAACCUAAGUGUCCCUGUAGUAACUAUAAUUGGUGGAGGAGGCGCACUCUUAGUAAUCAUCAUUCUGGUUUUGAUUGUGUGGUUUGCCCAUAGGAAUGGGUCCCACUUGUCAAGACAUUGCACCUACAAUAAAGGAAGGAGAAGAAAAGAUGAUUAUGCAGAGGCAGGAACUAAGAAGGACAACACCAUCUUGGAAAUCAGAGAUACGUCUUUUCAGAUGAUACCAGUAAACCGUGGAAUGGUUUCUAAGGAGGAGUUUAUGAUACACACAAUUUUCCCCUCUAAUGGCUUGAACCUAUACAAGAUUCCGGAAAGGGAAAACAGUUGUAACAGAAGUUACAGGGACAGUGGGAUACCUGAUUUAGACCAUGUCAAUUCAUGAUGAUGAACACUCCUGUAAAAUAUUGUGUUGAGAAACGUGACAAAGUUGUUUGUCUUUUGCAAAACACUGGAUUUCGAAAGC